CAGAAUUGUUUAGAAUCCUCAUUGCAUUUUUUAAAUAAAUAUUUAAAUCUUCACUAGUUCUAUUUUCUAUUUUUCUUCAAUCAAAAACUUACUCGGAAAUACCAAUAGACUAUAUCAUCGACUUGUUCGAAAACCUUUAAUUUAUAACCAGAUUUGUUGAUCCAUCCCAGGCUCUGAAUUGGACUAUGAAAAUAAAUAAGCAAAGCACCUUCCUUCAGGGAGUGGUAGUCCAUCAGUGGUGGUGGACCAUGAACAAACACGUGCAGUGAGAUUUUAUGGGUGGGCAGCCAGACCAGCGCAUGGCCCCAGGCGAGGUCUUGGGAGCUCCUCAACUUGCAGUUACAGCCUCUGCUCUGCCCAUUACUAAGAUGUGAACUUGAACAGUCGCUCGCCCCACUUGUCUCCUAAAGAAUGAGGAUAGCAAUAGUGUCAGCCGUAGGGGGCGCUAAAGAGCCGGCGCAUGCCCAGUGCUAGCCCCAGUGUCCUCGCUGUGGAUAGGCUGGCGCUGUGCCGUGUGCACAGGCGAGUGGAGGGGCCCAGGGCUGCUCACUGAGAAGUGCUUGUGGACUGCGUGAUAACAACGUGGGUGUUACCCAGGUGGAAGGGAAAGGAUGGGCUAGGCCGAGGACAUUGCAUGAACAAAGGAGCAGAGUACCGGAACUUCCACUUUUUGAGACUAAUGUUGUCAGAUCUAAAUCAAAAACUGUUUUCAGCACUCUUUCUAAGGAUCCUUUUCAAAGUUACCAAAACCUAGCUUCCAAGGUGCAGUCAGUUUGAGAGGCUUAACAAAACUCUUUUUUUCUCUCCCUUCCCAAAGCUUUAUCUGUUUUGGAUCCAGAGGGGCAAUUAGCUUGAAUUUUCCCGUAUUUGUACUUCCCAAAAUCAUGCCUUCUUUUUUUUUUUUUUUAAAUGACAGAACUAGAUUGCUGAUGCCUUUGAAGCCUAUUGUUCACUCUGACCUCCAGCUCCUUUUCUAUUAUAAUUGCUCAGUCAAUUCUCUCUCAUUUUUGUUGUUCUCCUUUGAAUUACUUUUCAUAGCUUCCUAUUGAAUUUUGCCCUUUUUCCUUUCCUUGUUUGUCAAGGUCAUUUUAAAUUUCAAUCCAGUUUUUGUAACUCUCAGCCACCUCCACCCAAUUGGGUGUCAUUGUUAAAUUUGAUAAGAAUGCUUCUGAUUCUAUAUCCAAAGCAUUAAUAAGCAUGUUAAAUCUAGCAGCAUUCAGCUGAGGACAUAACCCUGUAGAAUUCAAUUUGUUUGUGCUAAUUUAUUUGCAUACAUUAUAAAAUAACCCCAUCCAGACAUGAAAAGAAACUUAGGAAAACAUGCCAUGAAAAUACUGGGUAAAACAAGUGCUAAGUCAUUGAAUUCAUUUCUGUCAUGCUUUUCACUCAUUGAAGGAAAAGGAAGACAAUAAUUUUCUAUCUCGGAAGACAUGAGUAUGACUGAUUCAAUAUUCAUUCACUGUUAAUGGUUCAUGUCCCUGGAAGUGUGUGUUCAUCAGAGUUUGUGCCCCUGACAUUUUGCAGCCAGAGACACUGAACAAGUCACUCACCUCUCUGAGCUUUAGUUUCCUCAUCUGUAAGAUGGUGACCCCUGAUCUACCUUAAGAAAAGGACUAAUAAGAUAAAGCAUGGGGAAAAUUCCAGAACUUGGCACUUUCUCAAAUAUGAGGCAUUGUAUUGGGCUUCCCUGGAGCCUAAUUCUAAACAAGAUCCCACCCUUGCCUAUGUGACCUCAGUCCCAGGACACGUUUCUAGCUUGCAGGGGAACACUGUGGGACCUGAAGAUUGGUUAUGGAUAGGCUUAUACAGGUCGUCUUGCAUCCUUUUAGGACUUGGUCUGAGUUCUAGAAAGAGUUCAGGAUGACAAAUGGAAAGUCAUUCUUCUUAAUGCCCUCAAAACUUGGCUCAGACAGGAGGAUGAAAAAAAAAAAAAAUCCCAAGUCAUACCAAAUGCUGUAUGUAAUUUGAUAGCCGGAUCCCAGACAAAGUGAGGAAGCCACACCCAAACCUUCCCCCAAAGUUAACCACAAAGAUGGACCAGAAUAGAGAGGGAGAGCAGGAACAUUAAGAUAAGCGGGGAAGGCACCUGGCCUGUUGGGGCACAGCGGACAAUCAUGGAUGCUAUCACAGCAGUUCCCCCUGGACCUUCUUGCUUUAGGACACCUCUCAUUGAACCUCACGUUCCUCUUCGUCCUGCUAACACCAUUACCAAGGUCCCUUCAGAGAAGAUCCUCAGGGCUGGAAAAAUUUUACGAAAUGCCAUCCUCUCUCGAGCCCCUCACAUGAUAAGAGAUAGGAAAUACCACCUCAAGACAUACAGACAAUGCUGUGUGGGAACCGAGCUUGUGGACUGGAUGAUGCAACAGACUCCUUGUGUUCACUCCCGGACUCAAGCUGUUGGCAUGUGGCAAGUCCUAUUAGAAGACAGUGUCCUCAACCAUGUGGACCAGGAACACCAUUUCCAAGACAAAUAUUUAUUUUACCGAUUUCUGGAUGACGAGCAUGAGGAUGCCCCUUUGCCUACUGAAGAGGAGAAGAAGGAGUGUGACGAGGAGCUCCAGGACACCAUGCUGCUACUGUCGCAGAUGGGCCCGGAUGCCCACAUGAGGAUGAUCCUGCGCAAACCACCUGGCCAAAGGACUAUGGAUGACCUGGAGAUUAUCUACGAAGAGCUCCUUCAUAUUAAAGCCUUAUCUCAUCUUUCUACCACAGUGAAACGGGAGUUAGCAGGUGUUCUCAUUUUUGAGUCUCAUGCCAAAGGAGGGACCGUCCUGUUUAACCAGGGGGAAGAAGGUACCUCCUGGUACAUUAUUCUAAAAGGAUCAGUGAAUGUAGUCAUUUAUGGCAAGGGUGUGGUCUGCACCCUGCAUGAGGGAGAUGACUUUGGCAAGUUAGCACUAGUGAAUGAUGCUCCGAGAGCCGCCUCAAUCGUCUUGCGAGAGGAUAAUUGUCAUUUCCUAAGAGUCGACAAGGAGGAUUUCAACCGGAUUCUGAGGGACGUUGAGGCAAACACAGUCAGACUUAAAGAACAUGACCAAGAUGUCUUGGUGCUGGAGAAGGUCCCAGCAGGGAGCAGAGCUUCUAAUCAAGGAAACUCACAGCCUCAGCAAAAGUAUACUGUGAUGUCAGGGACACCUGAAAAAAUUUUAGAGCAUUUUCUAGAAACAAUACGUCUUGAGCCAGCUUUAAAUGAAGCAACAGAUUCUGUUUUAAAUGACUUUGUUAUGAUGCACUGUGUUUUUAUGCCAAAUACCCAGCUUUGCCCUGCCCUGGUGGCCCAUUACCAUGCACAGCCUUCUCAAGGUACAGAACAGGAGAGAAUGGAUUACGCCCUCAACAACAAGAGACGAGUCAUCCGCCUGGUUCUACAGUGGGCCGCCAUGUAUGGAGACCUCCUGCAAGAGGAUGACGUGGCCAUGGCUUUCCUGGAGGAGUUUUAUGUGUCUGUAUCAGAUGAUGCCCGGAUGAUCGCUGCCCUCAAGGAGCAACUCCCGGAGUUGGAGAAGAUUGUCAAGCAAAUUUCAGAAGAUGCAAAGGCUCCACAAAAGAAGCACAAGGUUCUUUUGCAACAAUUCAACACAAGCGAUGAGAGGGCCCAGAAGCGCCAGCCUGUCCGUGGCUCUGAUGAGGUGUUGUUUAAGGUCUAUUGCAUGGACCACACCUAUACCACCAUUCGGGUGCCUGUGGCUGCCUCGGUGAAGGAAGUCAUCAGUGCAGUUGCGGACAAACUGGGCUCCGGAGAAGGCCUGAUCAUAGUCAAGAUGAGUUCUGGAGGAGAAAAGGUGGUGCUCAAACCUAAUGAUGUUUCGGUAUUUACGACGCUCACCAUUAAUGGACGCCUGUUUGCUUGCCCGCGAGAGCAAUUCGAUUCCCUGACUCCUUUACCAGAACAAGAAGGUCCAACUGUUGGAACAGUGGGAACCUUUGAACUGAUGAGCUCCAAAGAUUUAGCCUACCAGAUGACAAUUUAUGAUUGGGAACUCUUCAACUGUGUGCAUGAGCUGGAGCUAAUCUAUCACACAUUUGGAAGGCAUAAUUUUAAAAAGACCACAGCAAACUUGGAUUUGUUCCUGAGGAGGUUUAAUGAAAUUCAGUUUUGGGUUGUCACUGAGAUUUGCCUUUGUUCCCAGCUCAGCAAACGUGUUCAGCUCUUAAAAAAAUUUAUUAAGAUUGCAGCCCACUGUAAGGAAUACAGAAAUCUGAAUUCCUUUUUUGCCAUCGUCAUGGGACUAAGUAAUGUUGCCGUUAGCCGCUUGGCACUAACGUGGGAGAAACUGCCAAGCAAGUUCAAGAAGUUCUAUGCAGAGUUUGAAAGUUUAAUGGAUCCUUCGAGAAACCACAGGGCUUACAGGCUGACAGCAGCUAAGCUGGAGCCCCCUCUCAUCCCCUUCAUGCCUCUACUCAUUAAAGAUAUGACAUUUACUCAUGAGGGGAACAAGACGUUCAUUGACAAUCUAGUAAACUUUGAAAAAAUGCGCAUGAUUGCAAACACUGCCAGAACAGUGAGGUACUACAGGAGCCAGCCCUUCAAUCCUGAUGCAGCGCAAGCUAAUAAGAACCAUCAGGAUGUCCGGAGUUAUGUCCGGCAAUUAAAUGUGAUUGACAACCAGAGAACUUUAUCACAGAUGUCACACCGAUUAGAGCCCCGUAGGCCAUAGACAUCUAAAGUGCCCCAAGCAAUGAUUUGUCUCCAGUCCACAAUCUUUCAAAAAAUGCCUUUUAUGCUACCAUUGACUGUAUCACCACUAGAGAAUUCUACAAAACAAGCAAAAACACAUCCUGAGACAUCUCAGGGCUGCAUUCAGCUUACUGACUACAUGAGAAGAGAAGAAAUGAUUUGACUUGCAUAAAGCUUACACACGCUAGCUUAGGAACCCCCAGUGUAGUCACCCUGUUUCAUUUCCAGUUGUGCCAUCUUCAUAAGGCCCAAAUGAAGAGCUCAGUAGAAACACCACUGUCAAGGGGAAUCUCAAGCUCCUGAUGUUUCUUCCGAGAAUGUUUACAGUGCAAAAUGUGCUACCAAUGGGGUUUGGGCAAAGUGUUAAGGAAUCUGUUAAAGUCCACAUGCUAGGUUGUAUUCUUCCAUCCACAUAAUCUUACCUCUUAAGGAACAGAACCUGACCACACUACUAUAAAACAUUAUGGCUACUUAUGUAAUUUAGAGAGGACUGGUCUGUAAUUUCUGAAUGAUAGAUAGAAUAAUAUUUAUGUUUACAAUGUAUCUUUUUUAAAAUUUACAAAUCAGGAUUACUUAUAUAAGAAUUCCAACUCAGUAACACCAAGGUUCUUAAAAUUGCCAGCGUUAAGAUAAAAAAUAACAUUUCCGAAGAGCACAAUAUGCACAAAAUGUUUUUCAAAAUUAAAAUAUUUUCCUGGGCAUUAAAAAAAAAAAAAAACCUUUCAGCUACAAAUUUAUUGUUACUGAUUUAAAAAAAAUAACAUAUUUUCUGGAUUUAAAUGUUAUUACAAAUAUCUUAAUUUUCAACAAUUGUUUUGCACUUUCAAAUAGAUUGUAAAUAGUUCAUCCAAUCAAUGGUAUAGAGUUAUUUAUUUGCUACAUAAUAGAUAUUGUGCCAAAUAAUUACUUUUUAUUUAUUUUUAUUUAGUAUGUAAUUUUGGAGUACAUUUUUUUCUGUUUUCACAAUAAGACUACAUUUAAUGUGUAGGAAUUGUAUGUAUGUAUAUCUUCUGUAAAUAACCUCUAGUACCUUCAUUAAAUAUACUUGUUGACAAGAAA